AUGGUAGCGAACAGCGGGCAGCGGAUGGCGGGGGGAGGCGGCAGCGGACGACGAUGUGGCCAGUGCGGAGAACGACGGCUGGAGGCGGCCAACGUCGGACAACGGGCGACGACCAAUGGUGGGAGGGGGCAGCGAACGGUGGGCUACGGACGGUGGGGGGAGGCAACGGAGGAUGGCGAUGCGGCCAGUGCGGAGGACAGCAGCUGGAGGCGGCCGGCAUCAGGCAACGGCGGGAGGCAAGCGAUGAGCGGCGGCGGGAGGGGAGCGGCGGCGGGAGGAGAGCAGCAGGAGGAGGUGGCCGGCAGGCAGCGGGUGGCGGCCCACAGUGAGCGAUGGCAGGGGACGGCGAAUGACAGGAGGCGACAGCCGGCAAGUGGGCGGCAAUGGGCAGUGGGUGGGCGACCGGCUAGUAACGAGGGCGUGCAAUGA